AUGCACUACGACAUCGGGUCCGAACACGAGGAAGGUGAGGAGGAAGAGGAGAGGGAAGAUGACCCCAUCAUUGAUGUCACCGAUGCACCGGGGGAAGAAGAAGUAGACUAUGAGCAGGAUACUUACCACAACAAAGAUCUUCGAGACCUGAAAAUCCCUGCACUUCCUUCGACAGCCGCGGGAUAUCGAGCAUGGAGGAACGGCGUUUUGACAUCGUUCAGCAGCAUAGACAAGAGUGGGAACGCCAGGAUACUGAGAUGGCUCCAGGUCGCCCUUGAUCCAGCCAUAGGAGACCGACAGAUGCGCAAUCUGCAGGUCACGUCUGACGGCCUUCCCCGCCUUGAUGCAUUCCUGGCUGCACAGCUUACAGAUCCAAAACACCUCAAGGGAGACUACGGAGUCGCUGCCCAGGCGUUCACCGAGCGAGCACAUGCGUUAGGCGUGCAGCCUUCCGGGCGUGCGCUGUUGGCAAUGCUCAGCCGAAGGUUUCGGGUAGACCGGAUCAGGGGGGCGACAGUCUCCCAGCAGACACUCUUAGCCAUCCAGCUCGAAGGCUUCAGCCAACAACAACUGCAAGCCUUUAGAGAAAAGGUUGAGUUUUGUUUGAACGGUUUCAGUCCCGAAGCAUGGCCCGCUGAGUCUACCUUGUUUAGCUGGUUAUACUCCAAGCUCAAGCACUGCAGGCUUCUUUCCAGAGCAGUCGACAAGAUCAAAGACUCCAAUCCAGGUAGCAACAAGCGAACCUUUGCGUGGUUGUGGUCGCAGCUUGUCGAAUUGCUAGAUGAGCUGAGAGAAGAAGCAAACGAAGAGUCAAUUCGUGACACUCUCAUCAAGCCCAAAGCCAAAGCUGCUCCCGCCCCAAAGAAAGAGGAGCGUUCCCGCGAUAAGCCGGACAAGCCCACUCCUGCCAAUCCAGCCCCUCCGGCCAAGACCAAAGGUUCUGGGAAGGAUGGGAAAGACAAGGAUGGCAAGGGAAAGGGGGGUAAAGGGAGUGGUAAGGGUGCAGAUUCACAGAAAACACCAAACAAGCCAAAGGCGAAAUCAGGCGGUAAAGGCCAGGGCUCCAAAGCUGAAGGCAAAGCCCCAAGCAAAGGAAAUGCCCCCAAAGCUACCGUACCAUGCCUGUUCUUCCCAAAGGGAACGUGUAACCGGGGUGAGAAUUGUCCGUUUUCGCAUGAGACCUCUCCCGGUAACAAGGCCCCAGGGUCAAAGACUACUGGAGCUAGCGCUACGGCAAAGAGCUCUGCCGCAGCUGUCGCCCUGCUGCUUCCCACUACGGCGCGGGGUGCCUCGGUCGAUGGUUCCUCCACACCGAGCAAGACAACCUUUUGGAAGCGUUCAGGAUUGAGUAGGUUCUUCCAGUUCGUUUCGGGGUGGUUUACUGUGUUCAGCAACAUCUGCGCUCCUGCCUGUCCCGCCACUGUCACUCCGUUGCUUGUAGCAUCUCAGCAUCAGCACCCGCAACAGGGAUGGUUCUACCACGAGUGGAUCGCUGAUAGUGGUGCAGGUAGAUCCCUAGAGAGUCGUGAAGCCCUCAAUGAACAAGGCAUUCCUGAAGACGCAUACGCACACAUGGCCGAACAGGCACCCACAGUAUCCUUUUCCACAGGGAAUGGUGUCGUUGAUUCAGGGCUCAUGCUUGGCUUCGAGGGUUCCAUUCUAGGAAACAAUUCUGCAUAUCUCCUGGACAACUGCCCUAGUGUAAAAUCACUUGGUGAGUUGGUAGAGACAAAGUCUAUGCCGUUUGUAUGGUUGCCAGGAAAGCUUCCGAUGUUCCUGUCGAGUGUCGAACACGUUCAGGUCAUUGAAGAAUCCGCCAUAUGUGCCGAUAGAGUUGAGGGAAAUGUUCCAAUCUUCAGGGAACAGGUCAGAUUCGUCUCGCCUUCCACUGUUGCGAUGCCUGGCUUCAUGAGCGAUGCUAGAAAGGCAAAGCCUCUUGCACGCACUACCAUAGAGCCUUCACGGCACACCACGUAUCGACCCUCGCCGCAUAUCACGGAGGAGUCUACCUUGCUUGAGUUGUUGCAGGAUCCAGGGGUCCCGCCACCUCCACUUCCUCCACCUGCCAUUCCGCCAGGUUCUGGGUCGGACUCAGGAGAGGACGUAACAUCAGAACGUCAGAAGCAACUCAUCAAGGAGGAAUCGACUCGCGCGGUGCAUUUGGCUGCUGGGUUCCAUGUGGUUCCAGAUCUGUGGCAUGUGUCCGUGCAGUUUGCCGCGCAGACUUUGACAGUUGUACCGUGGCAGGGCAAAGACAAGUCGCGUUUCGAGGUUGCAACUGGUUCCCCAUUCGAAGGCCCAAGGCUUCCCUUGGGACAGUUGGUGCAUUACAGGAUCCAUGACCCCAGCCGCAGGCAUAAGUUCGAAGCUACAACUGCUCCCGGACUAUUUGCAGGUUGGAGGUUUGAGCACGGAUUUGUGUAUCGUGACGUGAUCUGGGUGCUAGACUAUGAAGCCGUCAAGUCCAAGUCGAUUGGGUAUAGGGACAUGAUCCCCGUGCCAUAUGCGGAAGUGCAUGUCCCAGAGACUGAGACCUUCCCGCUAAAGGCCGCGGCGGAUCUUGCUCUUCGCGAGUUCCAGGAUCCCAAACUUGAGGCUAUCACAGCGCUGGACAUACCAUUCAGCUCACUGUCCCCUGCUGAUCCUCCUCGAAGGCGCGCAGAGUACAUUACGCUUGAACGCAUUCUUAAGUUCGGUGCCACACCAGGAUGCAAAGCGUGCACUUUCGAUUCCGUGAAGCAUAGUCCUAAAUGCCGAGCAAGAUUCGAUGCCCUGAUAAAGGCUGAUAGGAUUGCGUUGACGUCCAAGCCCCCUGAGCCAGUUCCUCCAGCUGAGCUCCCCGAAGGCGUUGGUCUCCACCCUUCGAGUGAGCCCGCUGUAGAAGGUCUUGUUGCGAAGGUCGAGCUCGGUGUGACGCAAGUCUUUGUCGAUGUCAACAGGGAAAGAGUCCGCCAAAGAAAGGUGCAAACGCUCAUAGGCAAGGAUGUGUUGUUCGAAUAUGCGUGUGGCGACAGUUCAGAGCUUUCGCAAGCUGCGUCCGAAAUUGGCAUCAACAGUAUCCGCUUAUGCCGAAGCAUGAUUGAUUUGUCCAACGAAGAACAUGUCAAACAAGUUCAAGGUCAGGUACUCGCAACUGCCAUCGCAAAUCAUGGAAGGAUCGCAGUCGAGUGGCCCAAAGGGUCCGGCUGGUGGGAUCUCCCUGAAUGGAAAGAAUUUCAGGAUGAACAUGGUCUACACAAAGUGUCUUUUGAUGGCUGCAUGGCUGGAGUGAAGGGCCGAGAGCAUCCAAUCCGCAAGCCCUGGAGCGUAGCCACUAAUGAUCUGCGACUUGUUCAAUUUCUUGGACAACUGCAAUGUGACGGUAGCCACCAGCACGAGGCCGCCGAAGGCUCACAAACAAAGCAGACUGAAGCAUACCCACGAGAGCUCGCUCACAACAUCGUCGAAGCGUGGUAUCCGCAACGCUACCAUCGCCACAUCCCCUCCAUGGUCACGAAGAACUUAACAAAGCGGGAAUGGAAAGCAGACCCGCGCGGAGUUGCAGCCGUGAAGAAGGAGGCAGAAGGGUUACGUUCUAACGGAACGUGGGAUGAUUUGACAGUCUGUCUUUUGUCUUCCUUGCGUGCCGAUGCAAAACGGCAAAACCGUAAACUCAAAAUUGCAGAGCUUCUCACAUUAUGUGGGAUAAAACAUUUCGAACUCCCUGAGCAUGAACACAAGUUCAAAGGGAGAAUCGUGUACAGGGGGGACUGCAUUUUUGACCAGUUCGGAAACCAUGUUCUUUUUGAAGACGUGGCUACCACACCAACUUCCUUGGUUGCCCUUAACAUCGCAUUGUUUUUCGGCUGCCAAGAUGGAAACGCAGUGAGCCUUGCAGAUGCCAUUCAGGCAUUUCUUCAAGCUGACCUCGCUGAGGCAGGAGAGCCCGACACAUGGGUUAUCCUCCCCGAGGAGCUGUGGUUGGACACAUGGCACAAAGCGUACCCAUCAGGGUCGAAGUUGGUGGUAAGGUUGAAGCGAAGCUUAUAUGGCCAUCCGCUUGCUGGCAAACUAUGGCAGAAACACCUAGCCUCUGUUCUCACUUCCUUUGGUGGCAUUGAGAUGGAUUUGUUUCCUUCAAACUUCAUCUUUCAAAUGGGUUCCCAUACCCUGCUACUUAACGUGUAUGUAGAUGACCUAACGUUGUCGGGAGCAAAGCAUCUUCAUGCACAGUUUUGGAAAAGGCUGAGAGCGCAUAUCAAGCUGGAAGACGAAUGUUACAUCGAAGCCUCGAAUGCACGGAUCCUUGGCAGAGGUCACCGAAUCCAACGAGGCAGUGACUUCACAACUCUUGUGCUUGAUAUGUCUGCUUUCGCAGAGCAGGUCGUCGAGGCGUACUGCGAGCUUGCUGAUGUCCCAAAGGCAAAGCUCCGUAACGUCACAACCCCAAGUUUGUCCGAGGCGUUAAUGUCAGAUGAGGACCUGCAGCAACCCGGCACACUGAGCCAUGUAGCUGCAAAGGUACUUAUGAAAGCACUUUGGCUGGGUCGGUUGGCUCGCCCUGAUCUGUGUUUCAUAAUCGGUCGGUUAGCGUCACGAGUGGCCGCGUGGACUAAAUGGGAAGACAAGCAGUUACUUCGCCUGAUUUCGUAUCUUCACGGUACAACAGGCUUAUGUUUAGCUGCUACUGUGAACCAUCACGAAGCUCCCCAGAUCCACAUCUUCACUGACAGUGAUUUCGCCUCUUGUCCGCAUAGUGCAAAAUCGACGAGCGGGAUCUACAUGACUAUAGGGUCAACAGAUUUCCGCUUUCCGCUGUGGUGGGCAUCUAAGAAACAGACGAGUGUUGCAAGAAGCACUCCCGAGGCUGAGGCCAUAGCAAUGGCUUCCGCCAUGUUUGGUGAGGCUUUGAACAUUCAGGUCAUGAUGGAGCAUCUCCUCGGUCGUGCUAUCGACGUCGUAUUCCAUCAAGACAACGAGACCUUGCUCAAAGUCCUGGCUACAGGCUAUUCGGCGAAGCUGAGACACUGCAAUCGAGUCCACAGGGUCAACGUUGCAUCAAUGUCUGAACAGCUAGAGUCGCCACAAGUCACUGCCGUGUACUGCAAGAGCGAAUCUCAGAUAGCUAAUGGCCUAACAAAAGUCAUUCCACCUGCAGAAUGGCCACAUACUCUCGCACAGUUUGGCUUGACAGCAUCCAGCGAUGGACCCCACCUGGAAACUGCCGUCGCCGCACUUGCAGAGGCAAAUCUUGCCGCAGAAGUCUUCGCAGGCAGUUGCCCAAAGGUCCCGACUUGUCAGCAUCUGGUGCAGCUACUGACGCUGUUACCUCAUGGUCCUGAUAAGAGGGGGGCACCGGGGCACGACUCGCAUGUAUUUUCUGCGGGCGCAUUUGUCUUAGGAGGAGUGUUUGGCCUGCAGACAAACACACACAAAUUUCAAUAUGCAACGGCGUUGAUAUGUCGAUUCUUUCGACGUUAUAUGCCAUCACACAAGUUCUCAAGCAUAAUCGUGCAGCAAGGUGUAGUCGCGGGGCUCCACCGAGACUCCAACAAUGCAGAAGGCUCAAAGAACCUCCUUGUAGCGUUAAAUCCAACAAGUGGACCCAUAUUGUGGGUAGAAGAUGAGGAAGGGACUGUCCAAUGUCCAAACGACGACAGCCUAUGGGGUCACAUGUUGUGUAACCCUGCACUCUUCAAUCCCAGAGCACGCCACUGCACAGUCCUGACAGGAUGUGAGGCUUCAGAACGAAUCGUUGCCAUAGCAUUCCUGAUCAGAAAUGCCGAGCGCUUGAGUCCUUCAGACCGCGCAACACUACUGAGCGCAGGUUUCAACCUGCCCUCAAUCUGCUAG